AUGGAGAUGGAGAUGGAGAUGGUUUCAGAGAAAGGAGGCAUAGCUGAACUGAUACAAGCACUUGACCAAGCAACCCUAAUGGCUAAACAACUCCCCACCACUGUUGAUUCUUCUCAACUCCUGCAAAUCUACUCUUCCCUUCAAUCUGCUCACCAUCAUCUCUCCAACUUCCUUUCCCAAUCCCACCACUAUCCACCACCACAUCUCCUCCCUGCACCACCUCCGUUUCCUGAGAAUUCCGUCUCCUCCGCCGCAGGCGGUGAACCUAUGCAAGUUGGGGAUGAGGAAGAUGCUGUCAAUGAAACCGAGCACAAUUCCAAGAGUAGUAUUGACAGAGUUGAGGAGAGGAUGAGGGAUUGUUUCAUUCAGAAUAAGAGACCUAAAAGACCUCUUUCCCCGACGUCAGCUGUGGCUGAGCAGCGGCGGAGCUAUGACAAUGACGGCCCUGAUUUGGAAUUUGAUCCUCAUGGGACAAAGUUGAGGUCCUUGGAUCUUAUUUAUCAGUUCCAUUCUUGAACAACUCUAUAGAGAAUCGUUUGAAAUUACUUUACUAGUGGAGUAGAUAAGAUAAAUUAUUGGUCAUUCCAAAUGUAUUUUCAUAUUCCCUA